AUGGCGGAACCCAUACUUGCGCAUAUCAUUCAAGACACCCAGAAACGUCCCCUUCGCAUAUGGUGGUGCCCGACAGGUGCACUUGCACUUCUACCUAUCCACGCAGCGGGGCCGUACGGCGGGGACGCCACGGGCCUUCCUGAACUCGUCAUAUCUUCAUACAUUCCCACUUUGCACUCUCUUCUCUGCGCCCACGAUAGUGCUCCAGAGCCGUUCUCCAUGCUAGCUAUCGGGCAGCCCGACACUCCUGGACAGAAUCCUCUCCCCGCAGUUGACAAGGAAAUAGCCACCAUUCAGCGCGCCUGCGCGCGUGUCUCCCACGAGCCGACGAGUCUGGUCGGACCCGCUGCCACAGCGCACGCCGUCUCCUCCGCACUGCCCGCACACUCCUGGCUGCACUUCUCGUGCCACGCACAUCAGGACCCCUCGUACGCGUUCGCGAGCGCGUUCUUCAUGCACGACGGACCGCUCCGUCUCGGCGCGCUCAUGCGACUCGACCUCUCGCGCACGCAGUUCGCGUUCCUCUCUGCGUGCCUGACGUCCGCAGGAGACGAGCGCCUCCCGGACGAGAGCAUCCACCUCGCGGCGGGCCUGCAGUUCGCUGGGGUGCGCUCGGCGAUCGCUACGCUUUGGACGGUGGAUGACCGGACCGCGGCCUUCGUGGCGGAUAGAGUGUAUGAACAUUUGCUGCGAGAGGGCGUCGAGGAGCCAGACCCUUUGGAGGCGGCGGAGGCGUUGCAUAGGGCUGUGGGAGCGGUCAAGGCGGCAGGAAAACCAAUGAUUUUCUGGGUACCUUUCAUUCAUACAGGCAGAUAG